AUGUCGCUCUCUAAUGAAUACCUCCACGGCCUUGACCAUUCCGAUCCCCCUACCGACGAUGACCUAGAUCUUGAGGAGCUCGAUCCCCAAACGGCUGGAACUUAUCAUGCAACUCGACCCUCGCGAGACCACAAUAGACAAGCGAGCGGCUAUGGAGCUCGCAUAGCUCUAAGAAAUUUGCGGACUCGCAAUAAGAAUCGUUUGUGGGGUCGAGACGUAUCAGGACGUCAUCAAGGAGCAGAGAACGACCUCGAUAGCCUAUUCGAUGACCGCGAUGAGAUCGCUUUUAAUCCGCAUGAGGACGACGCUCCUCUUUUGAGUGGACAGAGAAGGAGCGGAGCAUCUUUCGACGACCGUCGUUCGACAAAAUCUCGGCUUCCCAGUUUCCGAUCUGCCAAUACCCCGUCGCGGCCAGCUGAAGAGUCGACGAGUACGGCUUCUGCCCGAGAGGUCUUGGUAGGCCAGACGCAGCACCUCAAAUUUCCAGCUAAUGCGGUAUCAAAUGCCAAAUAUACGCCAUGGAGCUUUCUUCCGCGCACGCUGUAUAACGAAUUUUCGUUUUUCUUCAACUUGUAUUUUCUCUUCGUCGCGCUGUCACAAAUUAUUCCCGUCCUCCGAAUUGGGUUUCUCUCUUCAUAUAUAGCUCCGCUGGCCUUUGUUGUUGCCAUAUCAUUGGGCAAAGAAGCAUGGGAUGAUAUCGGCCGGAGAAGGAGGGACGCGGAGGCCAAUGCGGAAGAGUUUACUGUCCUGUCGUUUGGACCACCUGCAGCUGGAGGCAAUGGGCGCGGAAGGGCAAGAAGCGCGGCUGACUCUGUGCUUGAUGGAGGCGUCUACGAGAUUACUAAGAAAUCGCGAGAUCUGAAAGUUGGAGAAGUGCUAAAGAUCAAAAAGGACCAGCGACUACCUGCAGAUGUCGUCAUAUUAAAAAGCACAUUGACAGAGUCGUCUGUGCAAAUAAGACAACCGGAUGCAGCCAACACCCCUCAAGCGUCCGAAGUCGAUCUUCUCGAGUCAAGCUCGGAGCAUCCAGAAACGGGUGACAGUAUCAGCCGAAAAGCAGACGAAGACAAUCAAGCUAGCGGCACGAGUGAUACUUUCAUACGAACCGACCAACUUGAUGGAGAAACCGAUUGGAAACUUCGCCUUCCAGCAGCACUUACUCAGGCUCUCGAUUUGCGAGAUUUCAAGCGAUUGAAAGUCCAUGCCAGUGCCCCCGAUAAGCGUGUCAAUGAAUUUCUCGGCAAGAUUGAAUUACUACCGCCUCAUUACAGCUCAUACGAUCCGCCUGUCAGCAAAACAAUAGCCCCAGACAAUGGUGUGUCCAACAAUGCACAAGAUUUCGAAACUGGCGUCGAGUCAGCUCCUCUGGGCAUCGAUAACACUGCCUGGGCAAAUACUGUGCUUGCCUCGAACACUGUCACAUUUGCUGUCAUUAUAUAUACUGGACCGCAGACUCGGUCCGCUAUGUCUACCUCACCUUCAAGGUCCAAGAUCGGCUUGCUGGAAUAUGAGAUUAACAACCUCACGAAAAUACUUUGUGCUUUGACUCUCUUAUUGUCAAUCACCCUGGUGGCACUCGAAGGGUUCGAACCAACAAACGACAAAAAGUGGUAUGUUGCUAUUAUGAUAUAUUUAAUCUUGUAUUCAACCAUCAUUCCUAUGAGUUUGCGUGUGAAUCUCGACAUGGCAAAGACAAUCUACGGCCGCUUUAUAGAACGCGACCAGGAUAUUCCUGGUACUGUCGUUAGGACCAGCACAAUACCUGAGGAUCUAGGUCGCAUCGAGUAUCUACUUUCAGACAAGACGGGGACGUUGACACAGAAUGAAAUGGAACUGAAAAAAAUUCACGUUGGAACCGUUUCGUAUGCCAACGAAGCCAUGGAAGAAGUUGCAUCAUAUAUUAAACAGGGCUUUUCCCUAUCUGAGAGCAGUCGCCAAUCUCUGGUUACACCAUCAACAGUUUUUGGUGCUCAAGUCGGCACCGCCGCAGCAACCCGCACUAGAAGGGAGAUUGGUACUCGUGUACGCGAUCUUGUGCUAGCUCUUGCUUUGUGUCACAAUGUUACUCCAACGACGGAAGAGGAAGGGGGCUCCAGAGUCACCAAUUAUCAAGCUUCAUCUCCUGAUGAGAUCGCCAUUGUCAAAUACACCGAGGAGGUCGGGCUCCGUGUGGCUUAUCGUGAUCGCAAAACGAUUCUGCUGGAGUCAACAAAUACAAACCAAGUUGUCGUUCGCGUUCAGAUCUUAGAAGUCUUUCCCUUCACCUCUGAGAGCAAGCGAAUGGGGAUUCUCGUAAAAUUCGACCACACCACUACAGACACUGGCCCUUCCGAGGGUGAUUCCGAAAUAUGGUUCUACCAGAAAGGAGCAGAUACGGUCAUGUCUUCGAUUGUUGCAGCAAAUGAUUGGCUGGACGAAGAGACAGCUAACAUGGCAAGAGAAGGGCUGCGUACGCUAGUUGUUGGACGGCGAAAGCUAUCUGCGGCCCAGUAUCAACACUUCACCUCUGCAUACAAGGAAGCUUCAAUGACAUUGCAGGACCGCGAUAGCAGCAUGGCACAAGUUAUCGGCGAAUUUCUUGAACGCGACCUUGAGCUUUUGGGAGUAACUGGUGUGGAAGAUCGUCUUCAGCGAGAUGUGAAGCCAUCUCUUGAAUUACUUCGAAAUGCUGGGGUGAGGGUUUGGAUGUUAACUGGGGACAAGAUUGAAACAGCACGAUGUGUGGCAAUCUCGGCAAAACUUGUUGCCCGGGGACAGUACAUUCAUACCGUCUCGAAGCUGAAAGAGAAAGCAGCCGCCCUAGAAACACUAGACUUCCUUCGGCAUAAAACCGACGCUUGCCUUUUGAUAGAUGGGGAGUCUCUAUCCCUCAUGCUCGGGCAAUUCCGAAUGGCGUUUAUCUCUGUGGCAGUUAAUCUACCUGUCGUCGUCGCUUGUCGAUGCUCACCGACCCAAAAAGCGGAAGUCGCUGAAUUGAUUCGGCACCAUACCAAGAAGAGAGUUUGCUGCAUUGGUGAUGGUGGUAAUGAUGUCUCCAUGAUCCAGGCUGCUGAUGUAGGAAUUGGUAUCGUUGGCAAGGAAGGUCGGCAGGCUUCUUUGGCUGCUGAUUUCAGUAUCACACAAUUUCAUCAUCUCACUAAGCUUCUAGUUUGGCACGGACGCAACUCAUACAAACGGUCAGCCAAACUGGGGCAAUUUAUCAUGCAUCGUGGCCUUAUCAUCAGUGCAUGUCAAACAAUGUACAGUAUCGCCAGCCAUUUUGAUCCAAAAGGCCUAUUCAUCAACUGGUUAAUGGUUGGCUACGCAACUCUCUACACCAAUGCGCCUGUAUUCUCUCUUGUUCUCGACAGGGAUGUUGACGAGGAACUGGCAAACCUAUAUCCCGAGCUAUACAAAGAGUUAAAGACCGGUCGUAGCUUAAGCUACCAAUCUUUCUUUGGUUGGGUUUUCAUUUCGGUUUACCAGGGCGCAGUCAUUCAAGGAUUGUCUCAAAUCCUCUUGGAUACAACUACCGGCGAUCGUCUUAUCAGCGUCUCGUUCACAGCUCUUGUUCUGAAUGAGCUACUCAUGGUUGCAAUCGCUGUGACAACUUGGCAUCCAAUAAUGAUAUUCUGUAUCGUCGGGACAGCAUUGGUAUAUGCCGCCAGUGUCCCGUUCCUGGGCGACUAUUUUGACUUGGCCUAUGUUAUCACGCUCGACUGGCUUUGGCGUGUGGUUGCUAUGCGAGACGGCGACAUCUUAUUAGUUAGCGGACGGUCUACUCCGAAGCUGACCCCGCCGCCCUCGCCGCCGUCCCCAUCGGCUUCAUACUACGAUAUCAGCGAUGAUGAGGAAAGCGAGUACAACACCAUUGCCCAUUCCAGCUCUGGGCGUGGCGUGAAACUCUUGUUCUCAAAGAGCAAGGUGUACAUUCACCCUACUCCCUCGUCAAAAGACAAUAUUCCCGGUUUUAUUGCCCUAUUACAACAGAAGCCAAUAACAGUCAGGACAUCCGAAGCUGUUUCCGAAUCUUCUUCCCCGCAGCGGACCAAUUCUUCCUCCUACCUUCUCGCAUGGGUGCCGGAAUCUGCCAUGGGCGACGCGUACAGCACGUACGUAAAGGUUGAUCUCUCUGAAAACGACUCCCCGCCUCGGCAGACUUACCUCGUGCCGGCACUUCCUACGAUGACAUCGUAUCAAGAUACAAUUGGCAUGUAUGCCUUUGCAGUCCCUCUUUCUGAGAUAUACUCCUUGUGGGUGCGUCCGCCGAGUCUUGGGUGGUGGUACGGAAGUUUAGUUAUAUGCACAAAGUCUGGGGAUAACUUCCCGGCUCUAUUCUUUCAUGACAACGAAUGCGAGUCAACGAUUUUGCAGAAACGAAGGAGAACUCGAGAAAGCUUCGACCCAUUUUCGGAUGACGGCGGCAUGUUCUGGGGUGGAGACGAAGUUCUGCGGUGGGUGAGGCGGUACGCUGAUGUUCAGCGGGCCGGCGCUGAUCCAAGCAAAUAUCUCAUUAAUCCAUCGGAGGAAGAUAAGAUCUCAUUUGGCCACUCGCUUGCCUCCAAAUCGGAUACGACUCAAGCCGCAUCUUCAAAACAAGUACCGCGUGACGCCUCUAUGGACCCUUUUACGAAAGCCAUCAAAGAGACACGGUGGAAAGUAUUGGAAGGCCUCAGUCGUAUCACAACAUUCACAAGGCGCACCGCGAACGAGAUUGCUGAGAAUUCUAUGAUCCCAACGCAAGUACGGCGCUUAAUGAAGAACCCUGAAAUACAGACGUUGCAAGACGAGUUUGACAGUGCGAGAAUCUACCUUGCUCGGUGGGCAAUGAAUAUUGCUGAACAAAGUGAGCGAGAUAGGAAUCAGCGCAUUUGGACUGCUCAGGAUGUGCUAGGGUCAGAGGACAGUUCUGUCGGGGAAUUUGAAAUUCUGGAGCUUGAGACGGGCACAUUGUCUAUCCAAGAACGCCGGAAACCAGUGACGAUACAAGAAUGGAAUAGCUGGUUUAAUAGUCAUGAUGGUCAUUUACAAAUCACUGUUGAUGAGGUCAAAGAAAGGAUUUUCCAUGGCGGCCUUGAUCCUAAUGACGGUGUUCGCAAAGAGGCUUGGCUCUUUCUACUAGAAGUAUAUCCAUGGGAUAGUAACGAAGAUGAACGAAGAGCCAUCAUGAACUCACGCAGAGAUCAAUAUGUGAGGUUAAAGGGUGCAUGGUGGGAGAGGAUGGUGGAUGGAGAGGUUAGUGGUGAAGAGUUUGAAUCCUGGAAGGAACAAAAGGGCCGGAUAGAAAAGGAUGUACAUCGUACAGAUCGAAAUAUUCCCCUUUUCGCUGGCGAGGAUAUACCUCAUCCUGAUCCAAACUCGCCUUUUGCCGACGCAGGCACAAAUGUUCACCUUGAACAAAUGAAAGACAUGCUUUUGACCUAUCAUGAGUAUAACCCUGGACUUGGUUAUGUGCAGGGUAUGAGUGACCUACUGGCGCCGAUUUAUGCUGUUAUGCAAGAUGACGCCGUAGCAUUUUGGGGAUUUUUUGGGUUCAUGGAGAGGAUGGAACCGAACUUUCUCCGUGAUCAAUCAGGCAUGCGUGCUCAAUUGCUGGCCUUGGAUCAUCUUGUUCAGCUUAUGGAUCCACAGCUCUACCUCCAUCUUCAAUCCGCCGACAGUACCAACUUCUUUUUCUUCUUCCGGAUGCUUUUGGUCUGGUACAAGCGCGAGUUCGCAUGGGGUGAUAUUCUCCGAUUAUGGGAGACCCUAUGGACCAAUUAUUACUCUAGCAGCUUCCAUUUAUUCAUCGCUUUGGCAAUCUUGGAGAAGCACCGGGAUGUCAUCAUGGACCAUCUGAAGCACUUUGACGAGGUUCUAAAAUACAAUGUGGUAGUCAAUGAACUCUCGAAUACAAUGGAGCUUGUUCCAAUCCUUACGCGCGCAGAGUCACUUUUCCGUCGCUUUGAGCGUGUGGUACAAGCAGUUGACAAGAAAAACAAUUUCCCCGAACCCAGCAGUGUCAGCCGGAAAGACUCUAACUCUCAGCAAAAGGGGAAAUCCCCAUCGACUUCAGCCUCCCUGAACAACGCAGACACGAAGGAGAAGGUUAUUUCUCCUGAACUUCGGCAGCUGCUCAGUCGGAAAAACCGAACGGUCAACUCAUUCAUUAGCCGGUCAGAACAGGCUGGGUCAAGUACCACCGCUACGUAG